CUUGUCUGCCAUGUUAGCACCUUGAUUCUUAAUUGUUUGAAUAUAGAGACCAACAUCAUCUCGGAUACCGAUCGACUCACCUUAUAGCUGCUUAAUCCGGCUAACGGUGUAGUCUCAUCCGUCUAGUUUAAUCCACUUGCGUCUAUAGAGGAUUAGGAAGACCGGUCUGGCUGCUCAUUUUCAUUCCCCUCCAUUGAUCGAUGAGCCCAUAGUUCCUCGCUGCAAGUCUUCACCAGAUCACCAUGUAUCUGUUGUAUCUAUUGGACAAUACGAGGUAGGAGUCUCGUUCGCCACAGGAGUUUAGAUCUAAGGUGUGCAAGCUUGACUGGUUUACUGGCAGAGAUCAACAAGGAGCUUAAAUCUGAACUAUUGCUAAUUAUAUCUGUAUAAGCAUGCAGCUGGUUUGCUUUUUUACUUUUCCAAUAAUAGGAAGCAAUAAUAUGGCCAAUGCAAAUGUGAUGCCAAGGCAUCUACCGCUGCAUUUAUUGGAAGAACUGACUGAUGGUUUCUCCCAAGACCAGGAACUUGGUAGCGGUGCAUACGGCAAAGUUUAUAGGGGUGUAUACAAAGAUGGGAAAAUGAUUGCCGUGAAGAUUCUUUAUGACACGCCAGGAUAUGACGAUGAGCAAUUCGACAAGGAGUUUCACAAUCUUACAAUUCUCCAACAUGAGAAUAUUGUGCAGUUAGUAGGUUAUUGCCAUGAAACCCAGCGAGAAUGUGUGCAGUACGAUGGAAGAAUGGUUCUUGCAGAUGUGACAAAGAGGGCACUUUGCUUGGAGUAUAUGCAAAAUGGAAGCCUUGACAAGUAUCUUUCUGAUGAAUCUAAGGGGCAUGGUUGGAACACACGCUACAUAAUAAUUAAGGGCAUUUGCAAUGGUUUGAAGUACCUUCACGAGGAACUGAAACCUCCUAUUUAUCAUUUGGGUCUAAAACCAGCGAACGUACUGUUGGAUGAGAACAUGAUCCCGAAAAUCGCUGAUUUUGGAUUGUCUAGACUCUUUGGAGAAGAAAAAACCCAAAUCACUAAUAGUCCUAUAGGAACACUUGGGUACUUACCUGCAGAGUAUAUAAAUCAUAACAUAAUCUCAAAUAAGUUGGAUAUAUUCAGCUUGGGUGUUGUAAUGAUAAAGAUAAUUGCGGGACCUAAAGCCUACUCCAGAAGUGCUGAAAUGUCAUCCGAGCAAUUCAUUGACAUUGUACAUGGAAAUUGGAUGAACAGGCUGAAAGCAAUAUCAGAGGAGUCAUAUUUUGAGCAAGUAAAGAGAUGUAUAGAAAUUGCUUUAAACUGUGUGGAGACCGACCGACAGAAAAGGCCAACUAUAGGGAAUAUUGUUAAUACGUUGAAUGAGACAGAGACAUUAGAACAUGAUCAAGCGCCAACUAAAGGGUAUAUUAUUAAUACAUGUUGAACGAGACAGAGACAUUAGAAAAUGGCCAAGCGCCAUCGAAGGAGAAGGACCAGCAGGUGUGAUCACGAAAAGCACUAAUAUACACUGGUGCCAUGAACUGGAUCUGCAAUUAAGGCACAGCCAUGUUAUAAGUACUCCCUCCGUUUCUUUUUACUCCGCAUAUAAGAUUUGGUCAAAGUCAAACUAGACAAAGUUUGACCAAAUUUAUAUAAAAAAAUAUGAACAUCUACAAUAUUAAAACUAUAUAGUAUGAAAAUACAUUUUGUGGUGCAUCUGAUAAUAUUAAUUUCAUAUUAUUAAUGUUUAUAUUUUUUAAUGUAAAGUUAGUCAAACUUUAUAAAGCUUGACUUUGACCAAACCUUAUGUGCAUACUAAAAAGAAACGGAGGGAGUAUUAAAUAACCGUUUUCCUUUCUUCUUACAUGCAGAUGAGCUCUUGCAUGAACGAAAAGAGUACUGACAUGAUAUAUGUUUAUCCCCGCAAGCUCCACUUUUCUUUCGGGCAAGACAAGUCAAUCUCCUGCCUGGUUCUAGUAACUAACAACAUGGAUUAUCACCAUGUCGCCGUUUGGUUUGUCCGAACAACUAGCGAGGCAAAAAGUUACUACCCCAAUCUGGGUUGGCUCAGUGGUGUUGUGCCACCAAGGUCCACACACACCUUUGUUGUAAUGAUGGAAGAGCAGCAGCAGCAAACCGAGAAUAUGGGCAUGCUUGACAUCGCCGUAGAGAGUUGCCUAGGGCAAGCGGAGAUACCAUUCAUUUCUGAUUUUUUAAUGCAUGCUAGAGAAGAAAAGAGAAGUGAAUUUCAAAAGCUAACGGCGGUUUGUGCAAUAACAUGCAAAACGAUGACA